AGCUUAAAGGCGCGCUUAUCGUACUAUAAUUCAUCGGUAUGAUUAACGUAGAUUUGAGUGUUGCGGCCGCGUUACGGAAGUCUGGUGGUAUAAUUAGUCUGAUGCCAAUGGGGGAUUCUAUUUACUUUGGAACUAAUAUUAAACAAGAACCUUUCACACUGUUGACUCUGACAGAUGAUCAACGUUUCGCCAUUGAAAGGGCAAAGAAGUAUGCUUUAGAGCAAAGUAUUCAAAAUGCACUCAGCAAACAAGCAGCACAGCUACACCAACAGGACUUAAAUACAAUUAAAAGGAAUCAGGCACUUAUUCUUUUGAGUCGAAUUUAUGUUGGGUCAAUCAGUUUUGAAAUCGGAGAGGAAGAAAUCAGAAAAACGUUUUCACCCUUUGGACCGAUUAAGUCUGUCGCUCUUAGUUGGGAUACAGUUCUACAAAAACACAAGGGAUUUGCUUUUGUUGAGUUCGAGGUACCAGAGGCUGCUUCUUUGGCAUUAGAUCAAAUGAAUGGAUACACUCUGGCUGGCAGAAACCUAAAGGUCGGGCGACCAAGCAAUGCUCCUCAAACUGCUGCUUUAGAAGCCGAACUACGCGCAGAAGUUAGUACUAAGCCUCGUGUAUACAUUGCUUCAGUUCAUCCAGAGUUAACCGAGUCUGAUAUUCAAACUGUAUUCGAAGCAUUUGGAAAAGUAAACAGCUGCAGCUUGUAUCCAGAUCCUAAAUGUUCUGGUCGUCAUCGGGGAUUCGGUUACAUUGAUUUCGAAUCAGAAGAAGCUGCUAUCGCGGCCGUCUCAAGCAUGAAUUGUUUCGACUUGGCGGGACAACAACUUCGUGUUGGACGCGCACUUACUCCCAAAGGAGUUCCUCUUCCAUUCGAACUUAAUGCUAACAAAAGUUUAAACACAAUUUCCACUAAUCCAAUAUCUACUUCGGCCGUCGCGUUUGCAGCCGCAUCAAUUUCCGCUAAAGUUAUGACACUGUCAGCUGAGGAAAUUAGUUCGAACAGCCUUAAUGGAACAAAUCGUCCUACAACCUCCACUGGAUUUUCUGGACCUCCUGCAGCUGCACAAAAUCUCCCGCCUCCUGGUGUAUUUAUUCCUACUUCUGUAGGGGACAAUGUAACGUCAACAUCGGAAGAGAAGCAAAUAGAAGAUGUCAUUUCCGUCACAACUGCAUCCGUCUGGGAUGAUGACGACGACUCGGCGAUCCCUGUCCCAACUGCUUCAGAGGAAAUUCCUGAAAUCCCCGCUGAAGAUCAGGUCGGGGAGCACACUGAAGUAACCGCUCACCUAAACGAUGUCGAAGACUCUCAAGAUGUGUUUACUAUUAGUAUGUCUAGGGUUUUAUUGCUCGAGAAUAUGGUAGGUGUUAAUGAAGUGGACGACGAACUUCGGGAGGAAGUAAUGGAGGAGUGUGGGAACUACGGUUCUGUUCUACGCGUUUUGAUUCAUAUAAUGACAAGUCAGGAUGUUCGCAUCUUUAUUCAGUUUGACCGAUCGGAUGACGCUAAAGCUGCUUGCUGCGCCCUAAAUCAACGCUAUUUUGCUGGUCGUGUUGUCCAAGCUCGUUUGUAUGAUGAAGAACGGUUCCAACUGCAUGAAUUGGAUGACUAAGGAGUAUUCUAACUUAUUUUAUUGGUCGUAUUUCAGUCCGGAUUCAAUAUCAGUAUUUCUUAUAACAAUUAUGUACGCAUAUUUACGAUGUUCAUUUUGUUUGUCAGACUUAUUGUAUACUUCCUUAACCCUACAAUCUGUAUGUACAUAAAGCAAGGUUUAAUUUUAUAUUAAACAUAUUCCGAAUUAGUUUCCCUUUUGUCGUUUCUGAAUAUAUGGUCAAGUUACAUUCCCCUUGACUAUGCUCGAACUAAUAAUGAUUAUUCAUAUGUAAGCUUUUUGAUUAAUUCGUUACUAAACCACUUAUUUAACAAACUUGCAAGUUUUGUCGUAUUUCUUCAUACUAUUCAAGUGCACCCACUGAAUAUUUUG